AAAUUCCAGGGGAGUGUAUAUUAUAGUAUACUUAAUAUAAUUUUGUCUAUACAAAUUCGUAUAGUCUUAUCAGGUAAGAAUAACUAUAACCAGGUAGCUAACUAUAGCCAGGUGAUUACAGCUAGCUAGCGAUUGAUAUGAUAAAGUCAACGUCGUCCUCAUGACCAGAGCAAAGUAAUAGGAACACAUCUUUAGUGAGUCAGGAAGUUUGUAAUCCUUAGCAGUUGUGGAAGAACUAGUCAAAACAGAUCACAGGAAGCAUUAAGUUCUUCCUAAAAAGAUAUUGGGGAGAUUGAUGGAUUAUUGACAGCAAUCAGAUUUCCCUUGAUAAAAACUUUAAGGAAAUGUGACUAUUUUGCCAGAUUGUUUCGUUUCUUUUUCUUUCACUGAUCAAUCAUUGCAAGAUAUUGAACGUUGUUGUGUGAAUGGCCAUUCACUGUUCCGUUGUAAUAAAACCUUCAAAAUAAUAAAUAAUUUGUGGUUAACUGACACUAGCUAUACACGUAUAGCUUUAAUAAAUGCUGACGGUGGUUCACAUUCAGAGUUUUCUGGCCCUUUUAUGGUAUAUUUCACUAAAGAUUUAGGGACUUGGAAAAAAAUGUAAAUAAUUAACUUGCUUUUUAUAAAUAAUAUUUGUCACGAAAUGGAUUCAGCAAUAAAAAUUGGUUUAAAAAAUAUUUUCAGUACAGCUGAAAGUUUAAUCUGCUUACAACAUGUAAAUGAACGUGAUAGUAAAAAACUUAAGCAAUUAGGUGCGGGUCAGUCUGACAUGAAAAGGAUACUUUCAGAUAUUUAUGGAAGUAAGGCAAAAGGCUUAUCUUUUCUUCAGUUUGAUUUAGCAGACUCCAUUGAUUGAGUAUGUGAUGGCUAUGUACCCGGUUUUCAUGACUGGUUUUGAGUCACAAGGAGUUUUUCAAUCAUUGGAUAGAUUGCAGCUUGACAAGAGGUUUACUACCAAUUGACAUAAAGUGAUGCACAAAAUCCAGACAAAAAAUGUAGCAGAAGAAAGUUUUGAUGGUGAAGUGACUGCUGUAUUCCAAAACUUGUAUCACUAAGUAUUGUCAUACGAUAAGGAAACUGAACGAGCAUUUUAUGGACAGGGAAAGUAUAGAUUGGCUCCAGAAUACGAAAGCUUUGCACGUGAUGCAUGUAAUUAUAAAAGUUGGUCAUAAGAAAGAAGGAACUCUCACAUGAACCAGUUGCAACAGAUACAUAUUAAAAACCUAAAAACGCUGGUAUAAAGGGGCCACCUUAAAAAAUAGUCUAGGCGUGGCAAUUCUGAAACAGAACUUUUUCAUGAUCUUAUUGAUACGACAAUGCCAGCAUCAACAACAUCAACCGUCCACAAGAAAAAAUUGAGAAAACCUGACAAAGACUGGAUUGUGGCACCUCCAACCACUACCGCAACGCAAACUACUGAUUAAGUGGAUCAUUUGAAUGCAUUUCGAACUGAAACCCACUUGUAUCACUUGGUACAUAGUAACGAUCAAAAAAUCUGUCUGGUUCUAGACCAGCUAGGUUCUAAUAGUUUACCAAAAGUACAUAAAUGCAAAAACUAGUACGAUAUGCCACCCUUUAGACAUAUAGUAUCUUCAAUUGGUUCUUAUGAUUAUAAUUUAGCCAAGUUCCUUAGUGAUCUUAUUUCUCCAUAUAUAUGCUCUGAUUACUGUACCAAAGACACCUUCACAUUUGUCGAAGAAAUGAGAAUGAAGAAGGUUAGUACUGUUAAUAAAUAUUUUGCAUCCUAUGAUGUUGUGAGUCUCUUUCCCAACAUACCAUUAGAAGAAACUAUUGAAAUUGUCGUAGAUCAAAUAUAUCUCUAUAAUCAUGAAAUAAAAAUAAAAAGAUCUAUAGAUAAGAUAAUUUUUUGUUAAACGGUUCUUUUUAUGACCAAGUAGAUGAUGUUGCCAUGGGAUCACCCUUAGCACCCAUUCUAGCCAAUCUUUUCCUUGGGCAUCACAAAGGUAAAUGGUUAUCUGAAUACAAUGGUGAACCACCUAUUUUCUACAAAAGAUAUGUUGAUGACAUUAUGGCUUUGUUUAGCAAUGAAUUAGAGGCAGAAAACUUACAUCAACACUAAGCAUCCCAAUAUAAAAUUUACUUUAGAAAAGGAGUGUGAUCACAUACUUUCUUUCUUAGAUGCUUUAAUUAAAAACCUACAACAAACUUAAAACUAGUAUCUUUCGAAAAAGGACUUUUUCAAGAGUUCUAACUAGCUACUUAAGUUUUACUUCCAUGUCAUAUAAGCUUGGUUUGGUUACAUGUCUCAUUGACAGAGCUUACAAAAUAAACAAUACUUGGAUAGGUUUUGAUUUUGACUUGAAAAAUAUUUUUACUAUUCUAAGGAAAAAAAUUCUUAUCCUGAACAUUUCAUUAAUAAAGUUACUAGAAGUUAUUUAAAUAAAAAACAUAAUCUUGCCACUGACAAUAAAAGUGUGAUAAUAGUAGGCAAAGAUAUUUUAAAUUACCUUACAUAGGCAAUCGUUCAAUUUUUACUAGAGCCAAAUUAGAUAAAUUAGUUACAAGAUAUUGUACACCAGAUGUAGACAUCCGUUUAAUAUUUCAAUCUUUCAAAAUUGGAUCUUGUUUCAAUGUAAAAGAUUCUAUUCCUUGUUCCCUUAAAUCUAAUGUAGUUUAUAAAUUUAAUUGUGCUAGCUGUAAUACUAGUUACAUUGGUCAAACGACCAGAAAUUUUGCUACUAGAGUUAAAGAACAUUUAAAGAGUGACAAGAGUUCCCAUGUCUACAAACAUCUUAAUAAUAAUUUGGAGUGCAAAAACAGUUGUAAUGAAUCUUAUUUUUCUAUUAUAGACUAUGCGCCAACCAAAUAUCAAUUAAAUGUGAAGGAAGGUUUGUAUAUAGGUUGGCAACAAUCCCUUAAGCAGGUCUGGCACCCAAGUUGUACUUUAUCCAUUUAGGUAUGAUUAUUUUAUUACUAUUCUCUUCAUUUUAUUGCUUUCUUUGUAUCGUAACAUUUCAUCACAUAGGAAUUCUAUUGUAACAGAUUUUAACACCUUCAUACACUUUUAUUAUAAACAUGUGUAUAGCAUUUUAUACUACUUUUAUUGUAUUAUUAAUAAAGCCUUUUAUUUGAUUGCUGAUUUUUAUAUAUAUAUCAUCCAUGAAAAAUUGUAUAUUUUAUUCAGUUGAAAAUUAUUGAUGUAUUACAAUCGAAACAUGUUCUGCAAAUUAAAAAAUGUUGUUUUUACUUUAAAAUUUAUUAAUAAAAUCAACUGCGUUUUUAAGUGUUUGCUAUCUUAAAAAACGUACGCAGUAGGUUUAGUUUGUAAACGCUCAAUUCAAAGUCCGCAUUUUCCUUCAUUAUCUUAUUUGCACCUUAUAUGUUUAAGUUAUGCAGAAGACACAAAUUAUUUGUUUUCUCGAUCUUGUCAGCAGGCACCAACAUCAUUCCAAAUCUGGCAGUCACCAACAUCAUUCCAAGCCUGAAAUUCUUACAGGAUUUUUCGGUUUUUUUCUUAUUCAUGACUUCUAGCUUAUAUUACUUUAUUAUCUUGUCACUAAAUCGCACAUACAGAGCAUUGUGAUGUGUUGGUUUAUCCCGGCGGCGAUGUUCAGGACUUUUAUAACAAUUAUUAGCAUCAUUACAAUUGCGUUUUUUACUGGAUUUAAAACGUAAUUCCUAGCGGAACAGACAGCCGAAGUUGUUGUCUUCUCCUGUAUCUAUUUCUGGUGGUGAAAUUAACACUGAAGCAAACUGGGAAAUUCGGAUUGAAUUUGACGAGCUAGCCAUAACCUGUACUGAGAAAGUAGAUGUUAGAUGGUAUACUUAUUAUAGCCAGAUAGUCCGUGCAGUCAGGAGAGUAUACAUGGAAUCUCAGUUCCGAUAUUUAUUUGCGCGCGCAUCUAAGUGAAAAAAAUGUAAAAACACGGCAGUAUGAUUAAGUGUAUUUGAUGUUUUAGAAAUUUUAUUAAGUUAUGAAUGGGAGGAAAAUUAAUAUAUUGAAGAUUUAUUAAGCUACAAAAGGAAGCUUGUUGCUGUGCUGCGAGUUUUUAAAUAUUACAAGCAGUUAUGAGGUGAAGCGAAGGAUUUUUUGAAAAACCAAAUAUUUUAGGAUGACUUGAAAAGACUAAAUAAUUUGGUUUAUUAAGAGUUUUCGCACAUUUUACAAAAGAUAGAUUUUUAAAUUUUUUUGUUUACACAAAGAAAGAAUUGUUAAGAGCGUGAUUAUGAAGUUGUUUAUAAAAUGAACAGUAAAGUUUGCAAAUUCCCUUUUACUAUAAAAAAAUAGCACUGAGAGGUAAAAUAUUGAAUACGUAUCAAACACUUUAUACACUAGCCAUAGCUUUUCAUAUGGACAUGAUAAAAUCAAGAAUGUCAAUUCAUUGAUUUAUUCUUUUUUUUUCAGGAGAAAUGUUUCGUUACGCCAAAGACCAUUGACCAAGUGAUUCUCGUAAAAAAUUAUUGCCUUAAACUAAAUAAAGACCAAUUGAGAAUGGAUAUAACACAAAAAGAAGUAACUGAAAUGAAGACAGCGUUCACAGAGAUGGAACAAGAAAUCAAAGAACAAGCAGCAGAGAUUGAACAGCUAAAAGAAAAUGUGGUCGUGGCCGAAGAAAAACUGAGUGAACGUGAAGAAGCGUCCGCAAAAAUGAUUGAUCAAAUGGAGGAACUGCAUGAAAACCUUGCAGAACUUGACAUGAGAUUUGAAAGAUCGGAGAGUCACAAUAAGCAACUACAACAAGAAAAAGAAGAAUUAAGAAGAGAAAUGGAAAAAGAAAUUAGCGAUUUAAAGAAAGCAUUGGUGUCAACGGAAAGAAGACACUGUUCACAGAUUGACGAAAUGACAGCCGAAAGGACAAUGAUCGUCAAACAAAAGGAUUACAUCAUUAAAGCUAAAAUCCAAGAAAUUGAAAAAUUAACUGUAGAAAAGGCGAACACUGAGAACGAAUUAAAAGAAUCAAAGGAAGACUUAUCAAAAGUGUCACAAGAAUACGAAAAAUACCAAACUGAGACGAAUAACAAAAUGGAAAAAAGUCGCCUUACCUUCAAAACGUCUCUCGAACAGGCCAUUGAGCCAGUAGCGUCUUAUAUUGACAAAAAUAAAGGUUCGAAAACGCCUAUAAAGAAAACAAAAAGCUACCGUUUGUUGAAGACAGUUCAUUCUGAUCUUAAAAAUGUUUUCGCUUCGACAACAAACGGGUCGUGAAAGAUGUCUUUUAAAGGUCUGUUAAAAAAAUCAAGAAAAAGUGUAACAUAAUAGUAACCAAUGCAAUGUGAGCGCCUUGAUUUUGAUUUGAUAUGCCAGUACACUAUAGUACACUAUAUAAUACUAUAUAACAUUAUAUGCUGCUUACGAAAUAUAUGUAUAUAUAGUUCAACCCUUUAAACUCCGAAAAUGUUGUCACAAGCAAGUCAAAAGUCAUAACUCGUGAUUACUUAAAUCAACUCAAAUUACUUAAAUCAAUUAUCAACCAAUUUUUCAAAACAACGUUUUAAGUCUAAGGGUUUAUAAAUAAAUAUUGUACAUUUUUGAUUUUAUUUUGCUGCGGAUUUAUACGAAAACUAAACCGUAGCAAAUAUGUGGAUUAUUUUUUUUGACAAUUUAAAACUAGCAGCUAUAAUAUAAUACUCGUUGUCUAGC